GGGAGACAAGGUUGGAGGAAUUUAGACACUGCGGCAUCUCUCGUCGCCCUGUCCCAGGUACCGAGGCAUCAAGAGGCUUCUCAUGGACCGGAAACACGGCAAGAGCUGGUCCUAGGCUCUGCAACCGAAUCAAUAACGGCUCUCAACGCCUCAACAAUCGCUCUUUGAGCGCGGCGUCAUGGGCAUCCCCCAUCUCGCGGCUACCCUGGAGCCAUACGGCGUUGUCCGCCCUCUUCGAGAUGAGGCCGUCGUCAUCGACGGGCCUGCUCUAGCGUAUCAUAUACUGCACGAAUGCAGACUGAACGGAUACCUCCAGCCAUCUUAUCGGCUUCUUGGGGAGACGGCCAUCGCGUGGCUAGACGAAGUGUCCCGCCAGCGGAUCGACGUGUAAUUCACCGCCAUGCACCUCAUGUACGACUGAUGCAGGGGCUGACAGGGCGCACCUCAGUCAGGCAAUAUACUUCGAUGGGCACUUGCCGUUGGCGAAACGCCGUGUCCGCAUGGAGAGGCUGUUGAGGAGCACCACGCAGAUUGCUCAUCUGCGCUCGAGCAAUCCUCAGGGCUGUCCGGUACGGCAACUCGCCUGCGGACAUGAAUUCGGAAGCGCCGACAUGUUCGCCAAAGGGGCCGUUGCAUCUCGAUCCUUUGCAGAUCCCGCCUUCCUUGUACCGGCCGUCAUUGAAGCCCUGAAGUCAAGUGUACAGUACCGGCAACGAGUCCUCAUGGUGCCCGGCGAGGCGGAUACUUUUUGCGCAAGACAUGCCUUAUCGAAUGGCGGUGUUGUUCUGACAUCGGACUCGGACUUGCUGGUGCACGAAGUUGGCGACGCCGAGGUUGUCUUCUUUCGUGACAUCCAGAGGCAAGUCGACUCCACCAUCAUGGUUUGCAGCUAUGGGCCCAAGCGUAUCUGCGAGCAACUCGGACAGUCACCAACGGACGGCCUCGUACGGCUGGCUUAUGAGCAGAAACGCUUACAGCACGCAUCAUUGGCGCAGAUACUUCAGGCUUGCUCGUCGCCUCCGUUACACGAGAAGGAGUAUGCAGAGUUCUGCGAGGACUACCGGAGCUCCGACAUCAGUCAAAUUCCGCUGCCUUGUGGCCAUGGCCCGCUCGAGAACGGUAGCCUUGAUCCGAGACUGGCUGAGCUUGCCAUUCAGCUUCAGUCAACCUCGAUCGCCACAAGCCACGCCCACAUGUUCCUCCCGGUGCUUACAGAGGACCCUACUCGAGGCAAUGCGUGGGAGCACAGUACCAGCGUGCGACAGCUGGCGUACUCGCUGCUGAUCGGCCCUGAUCCUACUGUCUCGGUGUUGGAAUUCAGACGAAUCCAAAGCGCGACGCAAAAGGGUAGACGUGUUGAACUAGAUGGUCCUGACCUUCAAGGCUAUGCCAUUGAGCUCUUGGCCCCCUUGCACAAGGUGUCCGCAAUUGUUCCGGGACACAACUCACGAUUCUGGUUACUGGCCUGCCUGGUCCUUGAUGUGAUCGAAUGCCAGAAGAGAGACAAGGGAUCGCUUGCAUGGAGCAUCUUUCAGCAGCCCGCGAAGUCACCCGCUGCCAACCGCAGCAGAAUUUCUUGGGACACUGUGCACGCUGUGGCCCAGCUGCAAGCCAUGUGCUACUCUCUGCGCUUGCUUCGCCAGGCGUUGUCGGUCUGCUCUAAAGUCCCGGCAAACAUCAAGCCCCUACAACAAUACCUAGAACAGUUGCCUGAACUGAACGAUUUUCCGGACGUCGACAGCUUCAAUGACGGCGCCCGGAAGCUAUCGGAGUAUAAUGGUCUUGUCGUGAGUCUUGAACAAUGCCUCGGGUCGCAAAAGCUGCGCCAGAAUAAAACAGACCACGGUAUCAACGCCACAGCUAGUGGUGUUGGUAAGCCUGCCAACCAAGCUCUACCAACAGAGCCCGGCCACUCGAUAAGGCGAAACAUGUUUGACGUUUUGUCCCUAGAGUAGGUCGCGUGAUGGCUAUGAUCAACGUGGAAAACGCUCGGCUGCACUUAAGCACACACGACACGAGCAUGUGGGGGGUAGGCUAACGCGAAAGAUGAUCGGGGGCAAGGUUUUGUCGCGUGUAUGAGUUGGCCGCGGCACCUGUGUGCAUCACAAGAUGCUGGUUAAGUCUUGGUUUUCUUUACACUAUUGUACAGGGGUCUAAGUUUGCUGGGGCCCAUGAAUUUCGUCCAGGAGGCGAGAGAGCGAGCCUGGGCUGUCUUGGUCAUCCUUGACAUCUUGCAAGAUGUCCUCGUGUGGAAUUCCACCGUCCGCGGUGCGAAUGAUUCUCCAAGCGCGUCGGAAUUCAUCACGUAUGGA